AUGUCCUCACUUGAUAGUCGUGCAGCCUUCAAGGCACGAGCCUUGGAGCUCAAUUUUCCAGAGGAGGCUUUAGCUAAGCUGGCGGCCGUGCAUGUGGACACCUUCGGUUCCUUAGCGUUCAUCGGCCCUUUGUCGGCCGGGAACAGCGAUGAAGGCCCUUUGGUUGCUACCCUGAAGCGUGCCUUGGGGCAGGCGCCCAGCGACCAAGUGCUAUGCAUUGCUAGAAGACUUUGGUUUGAGAGCACCACACAAGCCCUUGCUGAGAUGCGUGGGAAAGUCGAGCGGACUGACACCUCCGAGCCAGUUCGCAUGCCUCUCGCUGAGCGCACCCAACGCAUCAGUGAGUUGCAGAAACGCCUGGUGGGCAUCCAUUGGAGCGCUGACGUUGAGCCCUCGCACAAGCUCCAAGACUUGGUUGCACAAAUGGUCGCCGAUCAAUCCCUGCUCUGGCUGCCGUGGGAGCGCCUGACCAGUCGGGCUCUUGAGAUCACUACUGAGAAGGUCGACCAUUCUGUGGGGUUCGAUUCUGCUGGGAACUUGAAGUUGCUCCGCCGUUCCAGUGACCCCAGCUGCAGCACGUUAGGGGAAUACGCCAUCAAGUUGGCGCUGCAAUGCCGCAGCCUUGCCUUCGAGUUGGGACGGAUUUGCCGCUAUGAGCAUUUGGAGCGCUGGCAUGAUCAGCUCUUGCAGACGCACAUGCGCUCUCAGCCACCAGGGAUGCAACGUGUCUCCCUCCAACAGCUCCGUGAGGCCGACAAAAUGCUGUGGACCCGCAUCGCUGAGGACACCAGAGGAGCUUUGUCCAUUCGACCCGAUGGCUCCUACCCUUUUGAGGCUUCGCUCGCCAAGUGGCAGGAUCACACGCAGGUGCAGUGCUACCUCAUCCCGUUGCUUAAGCAGACUGCCCCGGAUCCAGAUCUUCCCCUUAAGCCCAAACAACCCAACAAGCCGCCUAACAAGCCUGUGCGCAAGGACCGUGAUCUUGCUCUCAAGCCUCCGACCAAUCCGCAGGCGCCCAAGACUCCUGGCGAAGGGGACAAGAAAAAGACCUGGACCGUGCCCUCCGGCUGCCACUCUCAGGACGCCGAGGGAAAGCGGGAAAGAGGUGCCGACGAGGGCGCCAUGUGUGCUGGAAGUGCCUGGGACCUCAUCCGGCUUACGAGUGUCCGGAUGAAUCCCGUCUUUCGGGAUGAUGAGACCGGUGGCAACCGCUACGCUGCUGAACAGCUCGCCAGUUCGCUCCUCAGCCGAUCUUGCGUAUCUCCAGAUGACCUUUUGCGUUUGAGCCUUGCUUUGCCGUCGGAAGUCCCCGCCCGGGGAGUUGACAUUUCCGGUAGCCGUUCUGUUAGUUUGGGUGCUUUCGCUUGCUCCAAGCUCCCGGGCUUGCUUGUUCGCGACACGAGCAAACAGCACCCCUUGUCCACUCGAGUUUUCUCCCGCUUCGUCAGAGGACUUUGCCCUGACUUCACGUGCACUACGAUUGCAGUCUUUACAAACCUUAAAACCGACCUUCACCAGGACACUGCGAAUGACCCUGCAAGCCAAAACCUCUUGUACCCUUUGACCGCCUUCUCUGAGGGAGGUGUCUGGUGUGAGGACCCAGCCGGCAGUGUCUCCUUUUUGCAUCGGGGUCAAACCUUGUGGGGCUAUGUCCUUGAAGUCUCGCAAGGGUUGUGCUUUUUGCCUGCGCCCAACAGGCGACACGCCACCCUGCCGUGGAAAGGUGAUCGCUCCUUGCUUGUGUGUUACAGUGCCAAGGGGGCCGCCGAUAUGCCCUCCCGAACCCGAUCCUUCUUGGAAGCCCUUCAGUUUCCCCUUCCACCUGCCACUCAGACCAUCCCCAGGACCCUGUCCCUUGCCACACCCAUGUUUCAGGCCGACCCUGAUCGUCCAGGACCGCUCUUUGUUGAGCUUUUUGCAGGUUGCGCCCGCCUCUCCAAGUUCUGUCAUGCCGCUGGCUUUCGAGUCUUGCCUGUUGAUUCCCCAUGGAACCCGCACAGGCCCGAGCAUCCCGUGCUGGUCUUGGACCUCACCGAAGAAGCCUGUCAGCAGCAGCUUCUGGCCCGACUUCUCCAGGAGCCUCCCUUCGCAGUCCACAUUGCCCUCCCGUGCGGCACUGGCAGUCGCGCUCGUGAGCGACCUAUCAGCAAGAGAGCUCGUCUCCAAGGCGCGCCUGACCCUCGUCCCCUGAGGGACGGUGAGAACGUUCUUGGACUGCCUGGGCUUUCAGAAAAGGAUCAAUUCCGCGUCGACAAGUCCAAUGAGCUCUGUCGCUUCGUGAUUUUCUUGUUGCAGCACCUGCCCAGCUCUUGUCAAAUAAGCAUCGAGAAUCCGGAGAACUCCUGGAUUUGGGCGGUCCUGGCCCACUUCGUUCGCGCCUCCCAGUGCCCCUCCCUGCUCAAGCGCUGGUCCUCCAUGCGGGAAGUGUGUUUCAGCAACUGCAUGAAAGGCGGCAAGCGACCGAAACGCACUCGCUUUCGGUGCAGUCAUGCUUCACUUCAGAGCAUGGAAGCAGACUGCGACGGCCUGCAUGAACAUUUGCCCUACCUUGUCUACCGCUGCAACGGAUCUUGGAGUUUCUCUACUGCUCAGGAGGCCGAGUAUCCAGCGGGACUAUGCUCCGAAAUGGCGUCCCUCCUUUCCGCAGCAGCGGGCCUGCCAGCCCGACUUGAUCCCCCGGCAGGUCCUCGACCUUUGUGGCCGCAACAGAAGGGCGCCCGCAAACUCUUGUCUGAGUUCCUCGAGUUUCGCACCGCUCCCCCUUUAGACCGGCCCUUACCACUUGGGUUCCCCCAACGGGAUUGUCCCUCUGUUUGA